ACCUACACAAAGGGAACCAAGCAGGUGACCCAGUCAUUCAAGAUCUCGGGAGUCUACUGCAAGCCAAAGCAGGGCAAGACGUCCGACACGCUCCAGGUCCUCGUCCACGGCAUCGGCUUUGACGGCAACUAUUGGAACUUUCAGAGCAGCGAGCUUGGCGUCAAGGAGGCCGACUACUCCUACGCCUAUGCCGCUGCGGCCAAGGGCUAUGCCACCUUCCGCUACGACCGCCUGGGCACCGGCAGCUCCGAGCGGCCCAAGGACGGCUACAAUGUGGUUCAGGGCCCUACCGAGGUCGGCGUCCUCACCUCGGUGGCUGACAUGGUCAAGAACACCAACAAGAUCGGCGGCAAGAAGUGGGCCAAGACGGUGCUGGUCGGACAUUCGUACGGAUCGGUGCAGAGCAAUGCCCUGUCGCAGUCCCGUCCCGACCUCAUCGACGGUCUCGUGCUCACGGGCUUCUCUGCCUACACAAUGGGCCUGCCAUUCUACCUCGUCUCGACCGUCUACACCCAGGCCAAGACUGUGUUCCCCAGCCGUCUCGGCAACGCGCCCGACUCCUGGCUCGUCACGGGCACCCAGUAUUCGGGCCAGCAGAACUUUGCGUACCCCUACUAUGUCAGCGACGGGGCCAACAAGCUGCAGCGCCAGACCGAACAGCCCGUGACCCAGGGCAGUCUAUUUACCAUUGGUGCUCUUGCAGGACCAGCAAAGAGCUUCACUGGCCCCGUCCAGGUCGUCACUCCUGACAAGGACUUCAUCUUUGCUCUCUCAUCCGGCAUCCAGAACGGCAAGAACCUGGCCGUCGAGGCGGCCAAGAUGCUCUACCCUGCCUCCAAGAAUGCCACCGGCUACGUGCCCGCCAACACCGGCCACGGCAUCAACUUCCACCAGACGGCAAAGGGAAUCUAUCGCGAGAUGCUUGCCUUCUUGCAGGCC